UAUUUUUUGACACAAUACGUGGCCUCUGCACCACAUAACGAAUACGAAAUUAUUUAUCAAACAGAAACAAGUCCUCCUGAGAAAAAUAUCUAAAGAUAUUUGCGUGAAAAUGAACUUCUCUGUGUAUUUUACAUUAUUCAGCAUAUUAUUUGUUCAACUGCUGGACAAGACUUAUUCUUUCAUCGUCACAGUCGAUGCACACAGUGAAGAAUGCUUCUUUGAAAAAGCCGAAAGCGGCACAAAACUAGGAGUCACGUUUGAAGUUAUUGAGGGUGGCUUUCUAGAUGUCGACAUCAAAAUCAUUGAUCCAAACCAGAAUAUUAUCCACCAGAGUGAAAAGGAAUCCUCUGGCAAGCUUAGCUUCUCGGCUCACAAUUCUGGGGUCCAUACUGUUUGCUUUAACAACGAGAAGUCGAGUAUGACCCCGAAGGUGGUCAUGUUCACAAUCGAUGUAGGUGAGCCCGCCCAGAGGUCUCCUGGUGCUCCUGGUGAAGAUGAAGUCGGCCACACCAAGUUGGAGGAUAUGAUUAGAGAGUUGUCCGGAACUCUAACUAGCGUGAAACAUGAACAAGAGUACAUGCACGUACGUGACAAGAUUCAUCGCUCGGUCAACGAGAGCACAAACUCCCGCGUGGUUAUGUGGUCGACAUUUGAGGCACUCGUUCUGGUCAUUAUGACCGUUGGGCAAGUGUACUACCUUAAGCGUUUCUUCGAAGUCAAGCGUGUUGUAUAAAUUAUCAAACCUCAUGUUUUCUCAUAUUAUUUAGAUUAUUAUUUUUUUUUUUUUCAUACACAAAAAACAAACAAACAUCGGAUUGCAAAUUGGUUAAAAUAAAAUUCCAAAUUUAGUGCGAAAUCAAAA